AUGACAGGAGAUCAUGGAAUCAGAGGAAUGACGGAAAUGGAAGAUGGCGAGGAAAUAGGGGGCAGAAUUCAUGGGGAUAUCGACCGGCAAACCGGGAAAAUAGAAGAUGGGACAGAGAUGGAAGAAGAAGGGAAAAUGAAAAUGAUGGACGAAGAAAGGAUAGGCAGUCAUUGGGUUCUCGACAGGACAAUCACUGUCACAAUGACGGAGGGACAAGAAGAUUUGGUCCGCGGCGGGUUCCAGCCGCGCCUUCCGACUUCGCUGCCGCCCCCAGGGCAGCAGCAGCAGCCGUCGCCGCUACCACGCCGACAGCCCGUCCCGUUGAUGCCUCCCGCGCAACUUCAUCCGGGAGCGCCCCAGGUGGUCGCUCCGGCGCCUGCGGUCCCUCUUCAGUCGCCACCGCCUUCGGAGCUGAGGGACGUCGACCCCUCAGCCGGGCCGCCUUCCCAAGCGGUGGCUGUGCAGCCUGUCCUGCAGCCGCUUUCCUUGGGCACCCCCAAGGAGUCUGACACCGCAGCGCCUUGUCCGGCGCCCACUCAGCAGCCGUCGACGCAGCGUCAGGAGACGCUACCUCUCUUCGUGGGUCCCGACGCCCCGUCGCGUCCAGUACCAGAAGCUGCGCCCGUGGUCACAGGCGUGCACACUGACCUCGGUUUUCAGUCGGUGUUUCCCGAGGCCCCGCGCAGCCAAUGCUGGGGUGCGGACCGGGGACUGCCACCGACAACAGUCUCCGCCCCGUCGUUCCCCGCGGCCCGGGCCGUGGCGUGGCGUGGCGUGGCUGUCGCUUGGGACUACGCAGCCGUCGUCAGCAGCAGCGGCAGCAGCAGCAACGGCGCGGCGCACGAGCUGACUCGCCGCCGGCCACAUCGCCUUCAGCUGAGGACGCGGAGCGUGACGUCGGCGGCUGCGGAAACAGCAGCAGACGCGUCGGCUGCAACUGCUUCGGCGCGAGCAAGUGCGGAGCUACAAGCAAAGCAGGCCGCGUAA